AGUCACGGACCGGAUGUGAAGCCCUCGACCGGGCAGGAAACUUGACCCAGGUGCGCUCGUUCGGCAGCUGGGCGGUAAUGAGCUCAAACGGCCCCGAGAAACGAGCAGAAACCGAGCGAAAAAGGCAACAUGAGAGCGGAAACGAGCACGGAGGCUCAGGAGGGGGCGAGGGACGAGCCGCGGGGGAGCACCACCAUCGACAGACGACCAAGUCUUGUCGUGCUGCAAAACAUGCUCAAGAAAAUCCCCCAAAACCCGUUCCUCAAUCAGUCCAAGACCCCGGCUCCGUCGGUCUCAGACGCCAGCAGGACGACCGCGGACAGGCUGAGGAUCAUCCGAGACGACCUUGCGGGCGUGAACAUCGACGGCGGGCUGCCGCAGAAUGGAGCACACCGGCCAAACCCGCAGGUGACGUUUAUUUCAUCCUCCCCUUCCUUGUAGUCCAUGACCCACAUUCAGUUAAACCUGCUUUUGUGGUUUAUUCACGACAGCACGCGGCCAGCACGAACCCAUUUCAUUCCCAUCAUACGGAAUUCGGGAACAAGUCCGACGGCGGCGAGGAUGGUUGGAGGAAACCGUGGCAGGAAGCGCGAGCGGACGGACUCUUCGGUCCUCCGCCUGGAUUCCUGGGUUCUCCGCAAGAUCACCUGGAAGAUGGAAAAGCCGCAGUGUCUGAAGCGCAGCAGGACUUGGUCCAGGCCUUCAGCUUAAACCACGUGUCAGACAGCUAUCCGACGUCCCAAAGUGGGUCAGCUAGCGGGCAAUAUCACAGCAUCAACCUGAACUCACCAGAGAAUAAUACUGAGAACCUUUUCAAGAACCUGCAUUCAAAGAGCUCCAGCAUGCAGGACCUUUUACGAGAUUCUCCAGAUGAUUUUAGCCUCAAGACAUCUUCAGGGCAGCUCUUGGAAAAAGAUCACAGUGUAUUUAUGGAUCCAUUAAGGCCUUCUUCCAACGUGGAGGAGAACCUGUUCGGGUCUUCAAAGGCUCCGUUUUAUUCGGCCUCGACCACCGAGUCACAUUUGUUUCAGGCAAAUGGAGGAAAUUUCCCACACGACAAAAAACCCGGUUAUUCUGGAUUAUCUGGAUCUGAUGUGGAUGUGUUCUCCCCUUCUUCUGAUGUCUCGAGUCCGAUCGUGAAGGAGCUAUUCAGAGACAGCGGCAGCACUAGUGACCUGUUUGGUGCAAAGGCCGCCAAUAGCAAGUACAUACCCGGAACGCUGUACGGGAGUGGAUUGGCGAAAUCGACAUCAGACCUUUCCGAGUCAGCGGCCCAAUCGAUGUAUUUUGAUACGCCGCGUGACAUCGUGCUCACAACUCCUCAAGGGAGCAAACACGGAAUCCUCCAGCCAACGCCCUUCAGUCUGGCCCGGAAUCUGAGCAAGUCGCCAGACUCUUCUCCAACCGACUUGACCCACAUGAAGCUCACCAGGCGCCCGCCGAAGCCCCUUCCUCGUUCCAGACCACCGAGGUUGGAAAAGCCCACCAUGCCAGAGAUUUUCCCCAAGCCGGCAAACGCAGUUAUGCCUGAGCCGACUGGCCCGCCAAAACCUCCUCCAAAACCGUUCAAAACUCUCCCCAAGCCAGUUAUUGACUCUACAGCCAAGCCUCAGGACGAUAAAGCGCUGAACCAGGAGGACUUCAACAUCUUUGAGGACAUCUUGCUGAUUGGACAGGAAAAGUGUGUAGAAGAUUGGCCAGAGGACAGUCCGCAGUUUCACCCUGACUUCAAACCAUCUGGAAAAUUCCGACUCCGCCGCGAAUCCCUCAAGGUCAAGAUGGACUCUGAGGGAAGAGGAGAAGAUCACGAUGAUGCCGGAAGUUACGUCAAGAGAAAGGAGGGCAAGUUUUCCCUGUUGUCCAGAGGGUCCUCAAAGGACAAAUUUUAUGAUGACUUGAAGGACAGCCGAAGCUGGACUUUACCUCCUCCGGGGAAGCCCUCAAAGGACUAUUUCUACGAGACGGACACACCACCGGCUAAGUGGCAAGAUGGAGGGCAAAGUUGGUCUGACACCAAAAAAAAGCCCCUGAAGAACAAGGUCAACCAGCUGCUGAGGCGGGCGUCCACCAGCCUGGUCCAGCGGAACCCGGCUGCGGCGAGCAAGGACGACGACCACCACAAGAAAAGGAUGAACCUGAAAGGGACCACCACUAGCUGGCGCUCCCAGGAGGCCAUGUUUGGUGACGGCAGCGGUGAGGAAGAUGUGGCAAAAUCCCACCUGGACGAGGCCGACUUCUACCCCAGUAAAGACAAAAAGAAGAACAAGAUGAUGUUCGUCCCUCAAAAAGGAUUUGCCAGUUCUCCAGCAGAGCAGCCCCAGGGGGCGCAUGGAUACACCCCUCCCGAAGACUCAAAGGACAGACGAGACCAGUUUUAUGGUGCAGCUGACACGUGGCAGAAGCACAAAUUUGAGGAUGUGGACGAGAUAAAAAGACUUCAUUCCAACAGCCAAGACGAAGUCCCGGACUUUCAUCCGAAACAUCAAAGCAACUUCCCAGCGGAGCAGUUGGACGACGGCGAGCAGAAUGCGGCGGAUGACUACAAACUGAAAAAGAGCAAGUUCAAAGCGCCGGUCCCCUUGCCGCGCAAACCAAAGCCGAACCACGGUUCAUCGGGACCGGGGGAGCCGAUGCCGUUCGGUCACGCUGCUCGAGCGCAGACGCCUUGGGCGGACGACUGGCAAGAUGAGGGCGACCUCGACCUGAGCAGACGAAAACACGGGAGUCCCUUAGUGGACUACAACUACAAACAGGAUGACCUGGGCCUUCACAAACAAAAAAAGUUCAAGCACAAAGGCUUCCGAAAGCACAAAACAAAGAAGAAAAUAUGGGAAGGCGACGCCGGGGACGUGGGGGUCGAGCACCUGUCGGAGGCGGCGCAGGCCGAGUGGCUGGCGGCUCAGAAGGACGAGCGUGCGGCGGCGGGUCUGGAGGAGGGCGACGGGGACACUGACAGCUUGAUGGAGUGGUGGAACACAGUUGAACAGUGGGACGAGUUGCCGUCAGAUGACGAGGUCAAGCCUCACCUCGACGAGUCCCAGUCCUUCGCCAUUUUGGCCGACAAGGUGAACCGAGGCCUGCGCAUGUUCAACAAGGUUUUCACGGAGCGGGCCGAGAUCUUCUGGCAGCACGUGGUGAGGCUCCACGCCCUCGCCGACCACCUCGCCACCUUCCACCAGAAAGCCAAAGCGGCCGGGAUCACGGGGAGCACCACGGCGGCAGUCGGCGGCGUGACGGCCAUUGCCGGCCUGGCCCUGGCCCCGUUCACGUUUGGCGCCUCCCUCAUCGUCACGGCCGUCGGCGUGGGCGUGGCCACCGCCGGGGGGAUCACUUCGGCUUCCGCGAGCAUCUCUGAUAAUGUCAACAACAUGCAGGAACGCAAGAAGGUGGAGGCGGUGCUGCAGGAGUACGAAUCCGACUUUCGGGACUUGGCGAGGAUCCUUCACUUUGUUAAUCACGGGCUGUACAAGUUGCGUGGGCAUCCUUUCCUCCGGUCGGGCACCCAACAUUACUCCGAGGAUUGGGAGGUGCGCAAGGCGGUGCAGAUGAUCAGCUUGGUGGACUCUCCCGUUUUGCGAGCCGUGGAGCUCACCGACGGCAACUUGGACCUGGUCCACAGACUUCAGAGCGGCAUGGACAAGUACUUCAAGGACUCGCGGGAGCUGAAGAAGGCCUUCAAGAAGGAAGUGGUGGCUCGUAUCAAAGAGGUCGCCGACAUGCUCAACGAGGGAGUGGUGGAGCUUAACUCCAUCAGGGAGGAGCUCCAGAAGGCGAUUGGGAACUUUUAAACGCAGCACGUUUUUCACACACACACACACACACACACACACGCGCACACAGAGCUUGGAUGAGUGACACUUCAGACGGGAGGGAAGCACAGGACCAAAGACUGCAACGUCACUUAUCAUUUGUAAGUUGAAAUCAUCCUUUAUUGAUUGAACUCCUUUGCAGCAAAUUUGAUUUGAAAGAUAAUUUCUCUGCGAUCCAAUCAAGCUACAGUUUUAUGAUCACGUUUACGCACAGUUGGAUAGAUGUGUAGGAUGCCAUUUUGGAUGUUUAGAAGAAAAUAAAGGUUUGUAAUGCUCUCUUCA